AUGUCUUAUCCAGCUCUCACGACCGGUACUGGCCGCAACAUUGACAUGGCCAAAACCGAAUCCGAACUCGCCGUCAAUAUUCGAAAAGCGACCAGUAUCGAAGAGACCGCACCCAAGCGCAAACAUGUUCGCAGCUGUAUCGUAUACACCUGGGAUCACAAGUCUUCACUGUCCUUUUGGGCGGGCAUGAAGGUGCAGCCUGUGAUGGCAGAUGAGGUCCAAACAUUCAAGGCAUUGAUCACGAUUCACAAAGUGUUGCAGGAAGGUCAUCCGGUCACGGUCAAAGAGGCGCAACAAAAUGUCAAUUGGAUUGAAAGUCUGGCCCGAGGAGUUGCCGGCGAAGGCUUGCGAGGAUAUGGGCCACUCAUUCGAGAAUAUGUCUUCUUCCUCCUGGCCAAACUGGGUUUCCACCGACAACAUCCUGAAUUCAACGGGCUGUUCGAAUAUGAGGAGUAUAUUAGUUUGAAGUCCAUCAACGAUCCCAAUGAGGGUUACGAGACCAUCUCGGACCUGAUGACCUUGCAGGAUCAAAUUGACACCUUUCAAAAACUGAUCUUCUCACACUUCCGUGGUGGUGCAAACAAUGAGUGUCGAAUAGCAGCUUUGGUGCCGUUGGUUCAGGAAUCCUAUGGCAUUUACAAGUUCAUCACCAGCAUGCUUCGAGCCAUGCACACGACCACCGGCGACGAUGAAGCUCUCGAACCUUUGCGUACACGAUAUGACGGCCAACACUAUCGCCUGGUCAAGUUCUAUUACGAAUGCUCCAACCUUCGAUACCUCACUUCCUUGAUCACCGUCCCCAAACUGCCGCAAGAUCCGCCCAACCUUCUGGCUGAAGACGAAGAGAGACCUGCUUUACCAAAGCGACCAGCCAAGGAAAUUGAAAGACCACCCUCACCGGUAGCAAAGAAUGGCACGCCAGAUCCCAAAGACAUGGAAGAUUUCUGGUCCAGAGAGGCGCAGAGACAACAAGAAGAAUAUGAGGCCGAGCAGCGACGUCUGCAACAACAAUGGGAAGAACAACAGAGACAACAAUUGCUAGCGCAACAAGAGGCCCAGCGUGCUUUUGAAGAGCAGCAAAGAAUGCAGGCGGAACAGCAACGACUGGCUCAGGAACAGCUCCUGCGAGAUCAGUAUCAGGCUCAAACCCAAGGUCGCAUGGCGGAACUGGAACGAGAGAAUCUCAAUGCGCGUGCCCAGUAUGAGAGAGAUCAAUUGAUGCUCCAGCAAUACGAUCAGCGGAUGAAGGCUCUCGAAGAACAACUUCAACGGCUCAACACCAACUUCCAAAUGCAGUCACAAUCCAAAGACGACCAGAUCGCGGCUCUGCAAGAACAAGUCAAUACGUGGAGGUCAAAGUAUGAAGCAUUGGCUAAAUUGUAUUCUCAACUCCGACAAGAACAUCUUGAUCUUCUCCAAACCACCAAGUCAUUGAAAUUGAAAGCAGCAUCGGCCCAAGAAGCCAUCGAGCGCAGAGAACGGCUCGAGCGCGAAAUGAAGACGAAGAAUUUGGAACUGGCCGACAUGAUCCGAGAACGUGAUCGAGCCUUGCAUGAAAAAGAUCGCAGCCAAGGUGGACAUCGCGAGGAAGUCGAGAAGUUGAAACGAGAAUUGAGAUUUGCUCUUGAAAGGGCCGAAGAUGCGGAGAAAUCCAAAGGUUCUGAAUUGUCGUCGAUGCUCGCCAAAUACAACCGGGAAAUGGCGGACCUCGAAGAAGCUGUCCGCAGCAAGACAAGACAACUGGAUGAACUUCGAUCCAAACAAGGGGAACGAAGCAUGGAUCAUGAAGCUGCCCUCCGUGAAAAGGAUGAUGAAAUCGAGGUCUACAAGUCCGGAAUGGAACAGGCUCUUGAAGAACUGGAGGAACUCAAGCUCGGAAAUGGUGAAACUGACGGGGCAUUGGACAAUGCCAUCGAUGAAGUGAUCAAGAGCAAUCUCAACAAGAUCAACGAUAUCAUCGACUCUGUACUUCAGAGCGGUGUCCAGAGAGUCGAUGACGCCAUGUACGAACUCGACUCUCCCAUGCAAGCUGGUAACCAAAAUGCCACCGCUCCUUAUGUGCUGUCACAGAUCGAGAAGGCCUCGGCCAGUGCGACGGAGUUUUCUACGGCCUUUAAUAACCACGUCGCCGACGGCCCGAACAGUAAUCAUGCCGACAUCAUCAGGACGGUGUCAAUCUUCGCGGCUUCGAUCGCGGAUGUCUUGUCCAACACCAAAGGGUUGACAAGAUUUGCGACGGAAGAAAAGAAGGCAGAUCAGUUGAUUGAUUCGGCUCGACAAUCGGCUCUUUCGACCAUCAACUUCUUCCGAAGUCUUCAGUCAUUCAGGCUUGAAGGGUUGGAGCCAAUGCAGAAGAGUGAUGUGGUCAUCAAUAGCAACCAUGAUGUCCUCAUGAAACUACAGAGACUGUCCAAAUUGGCAGAUGCCUUUGUACCCAAGGGCAGCAAACUCAGCACUACUGGAGACUUGGGCGAUCUUGUGGAUUCCGAAUUGACCAAGGCCGCCAAUGCCAUUGAUGCCGCUGCUCAACGCCUGGCCAAACUGAAGAGUAAACCCAGAGAUGGCUAUUCUACGUAUGAGUUGAAGAUCAACGAUUCGAUUCUCGAGGCGGCGAUCGCAGUGACCGGGGCAAUUGCGCAGCUGAUUAAGGCGGCGACAGAUUCGCAGAACGAGAUCGUGCGCGAAGGCCGUGGGUCUUCGUCCAGGACAGCAUUCUACAAGAAGAACAACCGCUGGACAGAAGGCUUGAUUUCUGCAGCCAAAGCAGUGGCCACGUCAACCAAUACUCUCAUCGAGACGGCUGACGGAGCCAUUAGUGGGCGCAACAGCCAUGAACAGUUAAUUGUGGCAUCAAAUGACGUGGCGGCCAGCACGGCCCAGCUUGUCGCAGCCAGCAGAGUCAAGGCCUCGUUCAUGUCCAAGACUCAAGACAGGCUGGAACAGGCCUCACGGGCUGUGGGUUCGGCUUGUCGUGCACUCGUCCGCCAGGUCCAGGACAUCAUCAAGCAGAAGCAGCGUGAUGAGGGGGAGAGCAUCGAUUAUGCUUCGCUUAGCGGGCAUGAGUUCAAGGUGCGCGAGAUGGAGCAGCAGGUCGAGAUUCUACAGUUGCGAAACGCCCUUGAUGCUGCGCAGGCGAGGUUGAGCGAGAUGCGCAAGAUCUCAUACCGCGAGGAUUGA